UCUAAUCAGUCGAAGCUCAAACGUUAGAUGACAGCACAGAAGUUAGAGUUUCAGAAAAAUAGAGAAUAAGAUAAUUUCUCUGGAGCUUUGGCGAAUAGAAGAUAUCACGGACUAUAAUUUACACACUUGCAAUUGGCAAUUAGCAUUCGGUGCAGUUAAUACAUGCGAUCGAAUGAUACCGCCGUAAUGUUAGGUUAGAAAAAGAACUCACACGUAUGCACGUCCGUUUCUCUUCUGCGCUAAAAACAAACGAAGGAGAGAGAGCGAGAGAAAGUGCGCCCGUGCGUGCGUACGCGGGCGAGUAAGAGAGAUAGAGUGACAGACGGAAUAAGGAGCGAAACAGCAUCGUCGUGUACCUCGUCGCGUUGUGCUAGAAAGCCAUGGCCGCGAUCAAGAAUUUCGGCAGAGAUAUCCCUUAUCUACGCCAACAAUUCGCCGCUCUUCUUGGUAACACAAGUACUAGUGUAAAAUUUAUCUGCAUCGUUGUUCUCUUUUCCUAUUGCUUAUCCUUCUCCGAAAAUGCUGUGCUUGUACUCAGCGUCACUCCAGGAUAUUUAAUACCACCCGCCUUCUGGAUCUGGACAGCAUUCACCUUCUGCUUCUUAGAGAUACAUUUUUGGGAAGUGUGCGUUGAUGUGAUUACUGUAGGAUUGUGUGGGAAGCUCAUCGAACCACUGUGGGGUGCUAUGGAGAUGAUGAUAUUCUUUGCUAUUGUUAACUUUGGAGUUGCCGUCCUAUCAACUAUGUUCUAUUUAAUACUUUACAUGUGCGCUGGAGAUACGGAUUUACUAUUUGGCAUUCAUAUACAUGGUCUAACUGGAUAUAUAGCAGGCGUCAGUGUUGCAGUUAAACAAAUAAUGCCAGAUCAUAUCUUAAUUAAAACUCCAAUUGGAAAAAUAACAAAUAGAAACAUACCUCUAAUGGUAUGGAUUGUAUAUUUACUCUUAUGGCUUCUUGGAUUAUUAGAAGGUACACAUCCGACAAUGUUUCUUAGUGGAUUAUUAAUAUCCUGGAUGUACUUAAGAUUUUAUCAGAGGCAUAACAAUGGUUCAAGGGGAGAUAUGGCGGAUAAUUUUACAUUUGCUAGUUUCUUUCCAAAUGUAUUGCAACCACCUAUUGCGGUAGUUAGUAAUACAAUUCAUGGAUUUUUUGUUAGGAUCGGUCUUUGUAGAAAAGUUGUUCGUAGAUUCGACAUGUCCAAUGCACCACCGGGGCUUGUCAUUAAUUUACCUGGAAUCGAUCCUCAUGAUAGCGAAAGACGAAGACAAAUAGCACUCAAAGCUCUGAGCGAGAGACUAAGUAAGGAUCACUCAAAGCCUUGGCAGCAAGACAGAAGCAAAAAGCACUCGCCAGCACCAUCCGCUGUAUCGGUUCAAAUACCCGAAUCUACGAUAUCGAAAUCUUUGCCCCCGCCUCUCAUUCCGCAAAUCAACGUCAACAUUCACAACAACCCAUCAACAAGUAGCAGCACGUGAUCCUCAGCCAAAGACUCGUUGGAAAAUCCUGACGAGUCUUCCGUCAAAAAAUGAAAGUCCAAAAGUGUGAGAAUAAACGAAAGAGACAGUUUAGAAAGAUUAAUAAGAAAUAUACGUUCCUAAGCGAGCAGUCUAUAAUUAUGGCAAUAUUUGAUAAAUUGA